UUGCAACGAAAUAAAACAAAAACAAACAAAAAGCCAUUCCGGGUAAAAAAUACAUUAAUAACCGCUAAAAACAAAGAGUGUGCUAGCAUGGCGGAUGCCAAUGCCGUAGGGCCAGGUAAACAACCGGCGACUGCGAAAAGGGUGCAAAACAUUUUCGACUUGACCCAGUGGCAGAGAUCGCGCGCCUAUCACGAUUUAAUUGGUUUUAUCAAUGGCACCAGCUCGGCAAUCCAGGGCAUCAAGACCACGGACGAGAUGUACGAGUCGGAGAUGCUGCGCAAGUUGCUGGGCCUCUUCGAAUCGCUGGAGAAGCUGGUGGAGCAGCAUCCGCCGUUGGAGCAGCCGCAGCGGUUCGGGAACAAGGCCUACCGGGACUGGGCACGCGAGAUGCGCGAACAGUUGCCGCAGUGGCUGCAUCAACUGCUCCCCGUUGCCAAGCAGAAGCAUCAGACCGAGUUGGAAAUGUAUUUGAUGGAGUCGUUUGGCAAUGACAGAAUUGACUAUGGCACCGGGCAUGAGCUCUCCUUUCUCUUCUUCCUGUGCUCACUGUUUAAGGCAGAGAUACUGCAGGAGCAGGACAUCGUUAGCGCUGCCCUGAGACUCUUCAAUCGCUAUCUGGUGUUUGCCAGGCAUCUGCAACGCACUUAUAACAUGGAACCAGCGGGUAGCCAGGGUGUGUGGGCGCUAGAUGACUUUCAGUUUGUGCCCUUCAUCUGGGGCAGUGCACAGCUGGCGGUCAACAGCCCCUUUGAUCCGUCGAAAUUCGUGGACGAGAUGAUCAUCAGCGACUACAAGGAUCUUAUGUUCAUCAGCUGCAUCGAUUACAUCUGCAAGGUGAAAACUGGCCACUUUGGCGAACACUCGAACCAACUGUGGAGCAUCACGGACGUACCAUCGUGGGUGAAGAUAAAUGCGGGCCUGGUAAAGAUGUACCAGAAGGAGAUUCUGUCUAAGUUCCCUGUGAUUCAGCACGUUUACUUCGGCGAACUGAUGUCCUUCGAUUCCGUUCCUCCUGGGACGACACUGUCCAGCGCUCGAUUGGGUCAUGUUGCACCGCCGCCGUCGAAACGCAUCUGCAUCGGGAAACCCAAUUUGGUGCCGCCCGUACCGGUAGCUGCCCGCCACCACCUCCCGCCGAGGCUUUGCCCAGCAGCGAUCUGAAUGUCGGCGAUUCGAGCAGCGAGAGCAGUGACAGUAGUGUGGUUCUGCGUCCCUCGGCCUCGUCGAC